AUGAAUCAGGCGGUCAUCAAGAUUUCAAGAGAAGAUCGCAAGAGGAAACAAGCCGAGGACGCUUCAUUAAAGGCUGAAUAUCACCAACGUUAUAAAAACAUUCGCAAAAUUCUAUUACGCAAAGCUGAAGACAGAAGCAGUGAUGAAAGCGCAUUACUAGCUAAUUUUCCUGAAAUUACAGGGGAUAUUCAGCGCUCAUUACAAAAAUAUUUAACGUUAAAAUCGAGAAAAGAGGAGAUUAUUGACGACUCUGAAGUUAUUAGCAUAAAAAUUGAUCAAUUAGCGGAGGCUGUUCGUUGUGCUAAAUGCUUGGUCAUCUAUACAGGAGCUGGAAUAAGCACGGCUGCUCAAAUUCCUGAUUAUCGGGGUCCAAAUGGUGUCUGGACGCAAUUAGCUCGUGGUAGAAGAGCAACGGGACGAGAUAUGAUAGAAGCCGAGCCAACAUUUACUCACAUGGCUAUCGUUGAACUAUAUAAAGCGAACCUAGCGAAUUAUGUUGUUUCACAAAACUGUGAUGGUUUGCAUCUGAGAAGUGGAUUACCAAGAUCUGCCUUAUCGGAAGUCCAUGGCAACAUGUACAUGGAGGUUUGCAGUAAUUGCCAACCUCAACGAGAAUAUUUUAGAUUAUUUGAUGUAACGCAGGAUACGGCAUUAAGGCGACACACAACUCGAAGAACUUGUGACGUCUGUGGAAAUAACCUCGUUGAUACAAUUGUUCACUUUGGAGAAAGGAGUAGAUUAGUAGAGCCCCAUAACUGGCAAACUGCAAUUGAUUGGGCAAACAAAACGGACAUGAUACUCUGUUUAGGCUCCAGCCUAAAAGUUUUGAAGCACUAUCACCCGCUAUGGGGAAGUAAAAGGGCUAAAUCAAAGAGACCUAAAAUUUUCAUUGUGAACUUACAGUGGACUCCUAAAGAUAGCUAUUCAACUCUGAAGAUAAAUGCUCCCUGUGAUAUUGUCAUGAAGUCGCUAAUGCGAAAGCUGGAUAUUUGUGUGCCUCCGUAUAACUCGUAUUGCGAUCCGUUGCAAGCAUUGAGCACAUCUGUGAAAGAAAUGGAAAUAGAUACUAUCAAUUCUAAGCAGAUCUUUAAGAAAGAUAUGACGACUUCCUGCCUUGAUGGCGAUAUCUUAAAUAAAGAAUUUCAAGCUAUAGUUGAUGGUAAUGAUAGAAAAAUUGACAUUAAGAUACAAACAGUAACUGCUGGUUGGUAUGGAAAAGGUUAUUGCAAGAAAAGAAAAUAUAAAAGAAGAUGA